AUGGCGCGCCAACGCCGUCAAAAGGACGUAUCGUCGUCAGACAUCCCACUCGCUCAUCCGGACAAAUGCGGCCCUGACCCCAGCAGGCAGACACUCCUGGAUCUCGCCGCUCAGCGUGGACUGCUCGACAUUGAGACUGAGAAUCGGAAGACCGGAAAGCUCCCAGCUGGGUCGGUUCCUCUACGGGACGAGCAGCCUAUAAUAGGGCGAUUUGGGGAGGCUGUAUUAUGGAGCUCAAGUCUCGCCAUGCUCCAUUUUACCCUUGACGUGCUCACCCAACAUCAAUACGCCGAAGUGCUGUCCUGGCCGAGUGUCAUCACGCAAUCGCUGCAGGCCUUUGGCGUCAUACUUGUAUUCUUUUACGCAUUACACCCGCACUCGGUUCCGGCGGCCUACUUUCCCCGCAUCCCGUCACUCCUUCACCAAAUUCUCUUCUUCGCAAGCAGUGUUGGGGGUGGCUGCUAUCUGAUCUACAUCACCAACGAAUACAGCUACUACGCUGUGCUAAAGCAAGCUCCGCCGUUAGGCGUGAUAUGGAUUUGGUCAGUCAUCGAGCUUGAUCUGUUAUGGGCAUUGGGAAGUCUACUGAGUUGUCUAGCCUACUUGUGGCUGGGGGGAUACUCUUUCAUGUAA